GCUUUGCUUUUUCACUUUUCAGCCCUAAUUUGAUCUUUUCGCCCCAUUUCAGUUGUAUUUUAUUUAUCAAGUUAAUAUGUGCUUACUGGCAAUAGUUUAAUAUGCUUUUGAAUUUUAGUUUUUGUAUUCUUGCUAAAUAUGCCUGUGUGAAUUCCUUUUAAAAUCUUACUAUUUUUUUAGCGUUCAAUUUUAAAGUAAUUUUCUGGACAACGUGAUUGGGAACUUGUUAUAGAGCAUUAGAUUGGAACGUGAUAGGAAAAUUCAUAUUUUUUAGUUGUCAAAUUUGUACCGAAUUUUAGUUUAUGUUGGGAAAACUUUGUAAUCACACUUUUGAAAUAUUUUCCUGCUGAAUUAAAAAUGUUUAAUGUUUUUGUAGACAAGACAUUUCUCAUCUGCACAUGUACUUUAUCUACAAUGAGAUGUCUAAAUUUUAAGCUUUGUGCUUGCUUGCGAGUGCCAAUGCCUUAUGGUUAACAGUUUUAAUUGGCUGGGAAGAUUUUAUUUGAGCUCUAUGAAGUUAAUGAUGAGUCUACUAUAUAUUACUGAACAAAAUCUUGUUGUUUGGUUUCCCUGCUAGUGCGCUGAAACUGUUGCACUUGUUCCUUUCAACAUUUGUUGAUAUUAGGUUUGAAGCUAUCAUAUUGGAAAAGCAGGACUACAUGAUGUUGUGUUCUUUUUGUCUAUUGCUUUAUUUUGCUGUUUCUUUUCACUUCUGUGUUUUUCUUAUUAUUAAGUGGUCUUAUGUUUAAUGUCCGUUGCUUUACCCAUCUAAAAUUCUCAUGGGCUUGGCUGCCUAUUCUUUGUAAGGAAUACUUGAUUCUGCUCAAGUCAGAUCAACUUGGUGUAUACAUGAGUGGAAUCCCAAAGUUUUUGACACAGUUUUUAACUUAUAAUUAGGCAUCUUCUAGAGACUUAUUUUCCAGCAACCUGGCUGUUUCAGCUUAAUUUAAGUAUCCACUAACAGGGUUAGUGUUGUCUUUCUUCAGAAAGGAUUGUGCUGGUUGGUAAAUCUUAGAGCCGGUUUUGGUAUUUUUCCUUCUCAGCCAUAUCUUGGUUUGUCAUUAUUCAUCCAUGAAACAACGCAGCAUUCAUGAAGUUUGUAUAUUGCUGGAGCAUGUGGUGUUUAUAUAAUUCUUUUCUUCUCCUUCAAUGACAUUGUGAAGGGAGUUCUUGCAUGGAGAAAGAAUGCAAAUUUAUUGGGACACGUUCGGAAUAGAUAUAUUUCUAUUGCGUAUCGGACAAAUUACUAUUAUGUCCUAUAUAUGGCUUCAGAGAGAAAUCUGUCCUAGCAUUCUAUUCAGCAUGCAUAUAUUUCUUAUUUCUCAACAAUCAGAUGCGAUGGGACUAUGCUGACUAUCUUUUUUCCAGUCCUAUUAUUCGCCUAUUAUUCGACAGUAAUCUCAAUGAUAUAGGCUCCAAUACAGGUUUCCCUUUUCUAUUCAAAUGUAAAAGGAACCAUCGAGAUGGUGACUUGAGGGAUAAGCUUGACCAAAGGCUAUCUCCAGAGCGAAGGUAUUCUCCAGGAAGAGAUUCAAGACAUGGACGAAUAGUACGGGGAUAUAGUCCUUUGAGGUCCAUUAACAAAAAGAGUCUCUGUUUGAGUGGCAGAAAUCAUAAGAAAGAACGCGUGGAUGGACAAAGUGAUUUUUCUGAAAAUUUGACAUUUUCAAAUGAGAUUGAAGAUCUGGUUAUAGAAGGGAGAAACAUAUCUCCUACUCCCAAAAGUAUUCUUGAGGAUCAGUUGAAAAAAGUAUGCUUGGAUGUUAACAUGCUUACAGACGACAAGCAUGAAUUAGAGAUCUUUGUGGAAGAGAAAGUUCAAGAAGCAGAUACUCUUACUUCUCAAAUUGAGGAGCUUGAUUCUCAAUUAGAAAAAGAGAAAGAGGAAUGUAAAAGGAUCACUUCAAGAAUCAAGAAGUUUGUCAAAGCAUAUAAUCGUUGCUCUCAGAUAGAAGAUGAACUGGAAAGAUCUCAAGCUCGUCUGCAGAAGCUGGGAGAACAGCUUGGCUUAAAUAUUUCUGGAACCAGUGGUGAUGAAGAGAAUUCCAACAUCAACAUUGUAAGUGAUGGUGAGACCAAUGGCGCUCAUAUGUCCUAUCCACAGAAUGAGAGAAGGGGAAAUUCUUCUCCGAGCAAGAAAAGGCUGUGUCCCAAUCAGGACAUCACUGAAAUGCCCAUUCGUUAUGGUAAAGGAUGUAAGAUGGAAACUAUCCGAAUGGGAAAGCGGUCUCGGUGGAGUGAACACCCAACUCAAUCAAAUAUAGACAAGGAAAAUGGCUCACUGAACAAUGGAAACAGCAGUGCUGUGCACUUGCCAAGUAAUGAGAAGCUGAGGAAGGGAAAGAAAGUUUCAGUUAGCACAUCUACUGCAGAUAAGUUGAAGAGUGCACAUGCUGGUGUUUCAUUGCCAUCAACAAGCAUGGCUGCUCAUGCAGUUGAUGAUGAUGAAGUGUUGGAAAUUGAAGAGGAGGAGAACGUCGAGGUCUCAGGCUUGCCAUUUUUACUUCCCCUGCCUCCACCAAUAAUCCCAAAUGGUUACUCGCAGUACGAGGGUAACGAUCAGAACAUAGAUAUAGAUAUUGAUGGACCGGAGGAAGAGAUGGCGCACGUCGAUAUCCUUUGAUAUAUGAAUUGGUUGCUGUAAAUGUAUGGUAUCUUUCGUACUUUGGUUUCAUUUCGGAGUUCCAUGUAUAUAUAUAUCUGGGUAAUCUUAAAGCUGCGGUUUGCUUUUAUUUUUA